UAGGAGGCUAUUUUAAUGUCUUUUUCUGCUGCUGAAAAACAAGAUUAAUAUCCUUUCUCAUCAGGAAACGCGACUGGGCAACAAGGUACAACUUAUUUCCACAGAGCAUAAAGGACGCCAAAAACAUUAAACUACCUUUUCCAAUCAUUUUCUUAUUUCUGUCAAACUCAAGUACCAAAACCAUUGAAACUCUCAAUCAAUUUGAAAGUCUCCGCAGAUUUAAUUAUCUUAAAGUUCAAUCAUCAGUUUCAAACCUGAACUACAUUUGCCAACAUUUGACAACUAAAAAAAAACAACAAAAUGGGCGCAGAUGAGGCACAUCGCAAAAAAAACAACAAAAACAACAGCAACCGAAUUCUUCUGUGUGCAAUUGGAAUUCUAAGUGUUGUGCUUGCGGUAUCAGUGGCAGGUCAAAUAUUUCACUGGGUCACAUUCAUGUCGGCCGCAGCAGAAAUCAAAGAGGGUGGCGAUUCGUUACUGGAUACCCUAGGAGGGAUAGCAAAAGAGAUCCUUUUUUGUUUCAGGGGUUUCAAUGAUGUCAAGGCAGCUUUCGUAACAGUUCACAUGGCUUUGGCUCAGCUUGGAUAUAAUGCAUCUGCAGUGGCCGCCCCUGAGGCUGCUUCAACCAGUGUGCAACCACCUGAAUAAUCAUACACAACACGAAGAACCAUAUAUUCAGUUCUAGUGACAAAAUUCAAUUAGAUAUAGUGAUAAAGAUAGCUACUUUUCUAUUACAAGGCCCAAAAUGUUUUCCGCUAGAAUCAAUUUCCCACCAAACAGGUGCGAGCGAGCAUUAUGAAUCAGUUUUUUUUAGUUUAAAAACAAGGUUCAUUUUGGGCCGUGAAACAGAAAAGAUCCGAAAUUUUUGUCAUAACAAUCAUGAGAUUUGACACAAUUUUCGAAUCAAUCAGAUCUUCUACUCUAACAACCAUACCCUCAACGGAAAACAGCAUAUGAAAAUUGCUUCGUGAGCUUUUCAUUAAGUACAUGAACAAAAAUAUGGGUGGUUUUGAAAGACAUUGAAGUAGCCACUAAAACAUUCUUUCAAUGAACUUUCGCGUCUAAAGGCAGAUUACUUAGUAGUAAAAACAAUUUAUUAGAGAUAUGUUAGCAUGUUCUUUCUUACCUGUAUUGAUAAUGCCUGUAUCAGAUACAAAA